UGGGGAGUGGUUUAAUACUUGGACGUAUCCGUACCUUACGUGAACUAUAUAGCGGCCAGCAACACUGCCUCUGGUUGGUCAGCACCGUCAUCACCAAUAUGGAUAAACGUCACUCGGCACUACAGGAAUGGCGGCAAAACACCCUUUUGGUCAUCCUCACAGUUGUCAUGGCGACAUCUCACCUGUCACGUGUUUCUGGAUACCCAAGUGGUCCACCUAUUGAUUCUUAUCCCGAACUCUGUUCAAACAUGCUGCCAUCUGGUCAUUCGGGGUCACCGAGUGAACCUCCAUCACCAUAUUUCGUGUCCUUCAACGAAACAGAAUAUACGCCUGGGCAGCUUUUAGAAGUUACUCUUGAAGCGAUUCUGCCAAUCAGCGAUUAUUUCAAGGGUUUUCUUGUCAUCGUGGAUAACACGCCAAGAACAAUAGGCCCUCAAGGAGAAUUUUUUAACGUUAGUGAAGGAACUCAGGCCCUUGACUGCUCAAAUAGCACACAGAAUGCCUGGGGCCAUAGUAAUAACACUAUUAAACACACCGUGACUGCAUUCUGGAAGCCGCCUGCGUAUGACCAGGGCCCUCUUGUUGCCAGGGCAACAGUCGUGAAGGAGUUCUCAGUCUUCUGGGUGCAUAUUUUAUCUGAUGUAAUCCAAUACUCACCUCCAGAGACAAUGUUAACAACAACCCAACCACCCUCUACAGACCCAACUGAAUCGUCUCAAGCUACAUCAACAGAGUACCCCUUCGGAGAGACGACGUUAACAUCAACCCAACCACCUUCUACAGACACAACUGAUACGCCUCAGGCUACAUCAACAGAGAAUCCCGUCGGAGAGACAAUGUUAACAACGACCCAACCACCCUCUACAGACCCAACUGAGACGCCUCAAGCUACAUCAACAGAGCCCUUCGGAGAGUUAGCCUUCUCCACCGAGCUAGGAGUCUCUAUAAUUUUCACUGACACGCCUCAACCUCCAUCUACAUCGAUUGCUGUCGACAUCCCAGAUAUCCCAGACGAUGAGGCUCCAAGCAUUACGUGCCCUGAUCAUGUCACCAUGGAGACCGAUGCAUUCGAGUCCUAUGCCACUGUCACCUUGCCUAAUUUUCGGAAUGCGACGGACAAUGUCGUAAUCAACGACACGUGGAUCAUUGCGUUGGGAGCUGAGUAUGAAAUAGGCAGUACUGCUCAGUUCGGAUACUUGAACUCACCACACACCAUCACGUACUACGCUGAGGAUCUUGCCGGGAACCAGGCGAAUUGUAGCAUCACAAUCACAGUACUGGAUCUUGAGCCCCCGGACAUAACUUGUCCACAAAACGGAAUGACCUUUGUAUUUACGGACGAAGGGCAGUCAUUCGCUACUGUAACACUUCCCACAGAUCACGAGGUUAGCGACAAUGUCCAAGUCGCUAAUGUUAUCGUCACUGGUAGCCCACCACCUACCCAAGCUCCAAUGAGAAGACUGUUGACCACAGGCAUCUUAUAUCCUGGCAACGAGACCACUUUUGAAUAUGGUUCUCGAAGUGUUUACUACAUUGCUACAGAUCUUGCGGGUAACGAGAAUUUCUGCGAAUUGGUCGUUCAAGUGAAUGAUCAAGAGCCUCCCACCAUCGACUGUCCCUUCUCUGGGAAUUUAAUGCAGACAACUGACGAGGGACAGGACUUCGCCACUGUUGUGUUCCCAUCAAACUACAAUGCUUCUGACAAUGUGCAUAUUUCCUCGGUCAGGAUUAGUGAGGUUGACAUCGAGGAAUUUCCACAGCGCAGGAGGUUGCUUCAGUUUCCCCUCUACAGCCCCGGUGACAAUCAGACGUACGGGAUAGGCAAUCACUCCGUUUACUACAUAGCGGCUGAUUUUGACGAGAACGAAGCUUCUUGUGUCCUAAAUAUAGUAGUUAAAGACGACGAGCCUCCGAUGAUAAUGUGUCCCUUUACAGCAAAUGGCACUACCGAUGCCGGCUUACCAACUGGCACGGCAUACUUUCCAGAUGCCAUCGUCACAGACAAUUCUGGGCUGUCUGUUGGACUCGUAGCAAAUGCAUCUUCAUUGUUGUUUCCUUUUCCUAUUGGUGAAACCAUCGUGGAGUUUGUAGCCACAGAUUCCAGUGGAAACAGUGCCAGAUGUACCUUUAUCGUCAGAAUCACAGAUGAUGAUCCUCCAAUGAUUACCUGCCCGGCCAAUCAAACUGUAGCCACUAAUUCCAGUUUAAGUACAGUCACAAUUCUACUACCUCCUGUGUCAUCUGCUUCUGACAACUCGGGAGCAUAUACCAUCACCAUUGAUGUUGCUGGUGCUACACACAAUGUCGGUGACCAUGUUACCCUCGACCUUGCUACUGGUCAACAUUUACUGCGAUACAUUAUAACUGACAACGCCAUGAAUACUGAGACUUGUGAUACGUACAUCACUGUCAUUGACGACGAGCCUCCAACGAUAAUGUGUCCCUUUACUGCAAAUGGCACCACCGAUGCCGGCUUACCAACUGGCACGGCAUACUUUCCAGAUGCCAUUGUCACAGACAAUUCUGGGCUGUUUGUUGGACUCGUAGCAAACGCAUCUUCUUUGUCGACUCCUUUUCCUAUUGGUGAAACUAUUGUAGAGUUUGUAGCCACAGAUUCCAGCGGAAACAGUGCCAGAUGUACCUUUAUCGUCAGAAUCACAGAUGAUGAGACACCAGUGUUAGAAUGUCCACUGAACAUCGUCGCACCCACCGACCCUGGGCAGGACUUUGCUACAGUGACGUGGAAUUCACCCAACGUGACAGACAACUCUGGGGAAUUGAUCUUUCCAACUCUAAGCCACGUGUCUGGUUCUACAUUUCCUCUUGGUAUAACCACGGUGGAAGUUAAUGCAACUGACUCCAGCUCAAACGUCGCUUCUUGCUCCUUCAUCAUCGAUGUUGGAGAUGAUGAUCCUCCAAUGAUUACCUGCCCGGCCAAUCAAACUGUAGCCACUAAUUCCAGUUUAAGUACAGUCACAAUUCUACUACCUCCUGUGUCAUCUGCUUCUGACAACUCCGGAGCAUAUACCAUCACCAUUGAUGUUGCUGGUGCUACACACAGUGUCGGUGACAAUGUUACCCUCGACCUUGCUACUGGGCAACAUUUACUGCUAUACAUUAUAACUGACGACGCCAUGAAUACUGAGACUUGUGAUACGUACAUCACUGUCAUUGACGACGAGCCUCCAACGAUAAUGUGUCCCUUUACUGCAAAUGGCACCACCGAUGCCGGCUUACCAACUGGCACGGCAUACUUUCCAGAUGCCAUUGUCACAGACAAUUCUGGGAUGUUUGUUGGACUCGUAGCAAACGCAUCUUCUUUGUCGACUCCUUUUCCUAUUGGUGAAACUAUUGUAGAGUUUGUAGCCACAGAUUCCAGUGGAAACAGUGCCAGAUGUACCUUUAUCGUCAGAAUCACAGAUGAUGAGGCUCCUGAGUUAGAAUGCCCACUGAACAUCGUCGCACCCACGAACCCUGGGCAGGACUCUGCUACAGUGACGUGGAAUUUACCCAAUGUGACAGACAACUCUGGGGAAUUGAUCUCUCCAACUCUAAGCCACAUGUCAGGUUCUACAUUUCCUCUUGGUAUAACCACGGUGGAAGUUAAUGCAACUGACUCCAGCUCAAACCUCGCUUCUUGCUCCUUCAUCAUCGAUGUUGGAGAUGAUGAUCCUCCAAUGAUUACCUGCCCGGCCAAUCAAACUGUAGCCACUAAUUCCAGUUUAAGUACAGUCACAAUUCUACUACCUCCUGUGUCAUCUGCUUCUGACAACUCGGGAGCAUAUACCAUCACCAUUGAUGUUGCUGGUGCUACACACAAUGUCGGUGACCAUGUUACCCUCGACCUUGCUACUGGUCAACAUUUACUGCGAUACAUUAUAACUGACAACGCCAUGAAUACUGAGACUUGUGAUACGUACAUCACUGUCAUUGACGACGAGCCUCCGAUGAUAACGUGUCCCUUUACUGCAAAUGGCACCACCGAUGCCGGCUUACCAACUGGCACGGCAUACUUUCCAGAUGCCAUUGUCACAGACAAUUCUGGGCUGUUUGUUGGACUCCUAGCAAACGCAUCUUCAUUGUCGACUCCUUUUCCUAUUGGUGAAACCAUCGUGGAGUUUGUAGCCACAGAUUCCAGUGGAAACAGUGCCAGAUGUACCUUUAUCGUCAGAAUCACAGACGACGAGCCUCCGAUGAUAACGUGUCCCUUUACUGCAAAUGGCACUACCGCUGCCGGCUUACCAACUGGCACGGCAUACUUUCCAGAUGCCAUUGUCACAGACAAUUCUGGGCUGUCUGUUGGACUCGUAGCAAACGCAUCUUCCUUGUCGACUCCUUUUCCUACUGGUGAAACCAUCGUGGAGUUUGUAGCCACAGAUUCCAGUGGAAACAGUGCCAGAUGUACCUUUAUUGUCAGAAUCACAGAUGAUGAGGCUCCUGUGGUAGAAUGCCCACUGAACAUCGUCGCACCCACCGACCCUGGGCAGGACUUUGCUACAGUGACGUGGAAUUCACCCAACGUGACAGACAACUCUGGGGAAUUGAUCUCUCCAACUCUAAGCCACGUGUCUGGUUCUACAUUUCCUCUUGGUAUAACCACGGUGGAAGUUAAUGCAACUGACUCCAGCUCAAACCCCGCUUCUUGCUCCUUCAUCAUCGAUGUUGGAGAUGAUGAUCCUCCAAUGAUUACCUGCCCGGCCAAUCAAACUGUAGCCACUAAUUCCAGUUUAAAUACAGUCACAAUUCUACUACCUCCUGUGUCAUCUGCUUCUGACAACUCGGGAGCAUAUACCAUCACCAUUGAUGUUGCUGGUACUACACACAAUGUCGGUGACAAUGUUACCCUCGACCUUGCUACUGGUCAACAUUUACUGCAAUACAUUAUAACUGACAACGCCAUGAAUACUGAGUUCUGUGAUACGUACAUCACUGUCAUUGAUGACGAGCCUCCAAUGAUAAUGUGUCCCUUUACUGCAAAUGGCACCACCGAUGCCGGCUUACCAACUGGCACGGCAUACUUUCCAGAUGCCAUUGUCACAGACAAUUCUGGGCUGUUUGUUGGACUCGUAGCAAAUGCAUCUUCUUUGUCGACUCCUUUUCCUAUUGGUGAAACCAUCGUGGAAUUUGUAGCCACAGAUUCCAGUGGAAACAGUGCCAGAUGUACCUUUAUCGUCAGAAUCACAGAUGAUGAGGCCCCUGUGUUAGAAUGCCCAAUGAACAUCGUCGCACCCACUGAUCCUGGGCAGGACUUUGCCACAGUGAUGUGGAAUUCACCCAACGUGACAGACAACUCUGGGGAAUUGAUCUCACCAACUCUAAGCCAUGUGUCUGGUUCUACAUUUCCUCUUGGUAUAACCACGGUGGAUGUUAACGCAACUGACUCCAGCUCAAACAUUGGUUCUUGCUUCUUCACCAUCGAUGUUCAAGACAGCCAAGCUCCCGUUGUAGAAUGCCCAAUGAAUAUCCUCACAGGCACAGACACAGGACAGGAUUUUGCUACUGUGAUGUGGUACGCACCCAACGUGACUGAUAACUCCGGUGAAUCAAUUACUGCUAAUCUAAGCCAUGUAUCAGGGUCGACAUUUCCUCUUGGUAUAACAACAGUGAGCGUUGAUGCUACUGACUCUAGUGGAAGGACAGGGUCUUGUUCCUUCACUGUCACCGUUCUAGAUGAUGAGGCCCCUGUGUUAGAAUGCCCAAUGAACAUCGUCGCACCCACUGAUCCUGGGCAGGACUUUGCCACAGUGAUGUGGAAUUCACCCAACGUGACAGACAACUCUGGGGAAUUGAUCUCACCAACUCUAAGCCAUGUGUCUGGUUCUACAUUUCCUCUUGGUAUAACCACGGUGGAUGUUAACGCAACUGACUCCAGCUCAAACAUUGGUUCUUGCUUCUUCACCAUCGAUGUUCAAGACAGCCAAGCUCCCGUUGUAGAAUGCCCAAUGAAUAUCGUCACAGGCACAGACACAGGACAGGAUUUUGCUACCGUGAUGUGGUACGCACCCAACGUGACUGAUAACUCCGGUGAAUCAAUUACUGCUAAUCUAAGCCAUGUAUCAGGGUCGACAUUUCCUCUUGGUAUGACAACAGUGAGCGUUGAUGCUACUGACUCCAGUGGAAGGUCAGGGUCUUGUUCCUUCACUGUCACCGUUCUAGAUGGCGAAUCUCCAAGCAUUACUUGUCCAGCCAACCAGACAGUUGCCAUGGAUAGCGGCAAGAACUUCGCCACAGUUGUGUUACCAUCCCCAGCCUCUUCCUCUGACAACUCCGGUGUAUACACCGUCACCAUUGAUGUAGAUAAGAGAUUUUAUUUCGUCAACGACACUGUCUCCUUUGACCUUGCAGCAUCUCCACAUUUAGUGCUGUAUACUGCCACUGACGAUGCUGGUAAUAGCGCUACAUGUGAUAUGUACAUCAUCGUGUUCGAUGAUGAGGCCCCUGUGUUAGAAUGCCCAAUGAACAUCGUCGCACCCACUGAUCCUGGGCAGGACUUUGCUACAGUGAUGUGGAAUUCACCCAACGUGACAGACAACUCUGGGGAAUUGAUCUCUCCAACUCUAAGCCACGUGUCAGGUUCUACAUUUCCUCUUGGUAUAACCACGGUGGAUGUUAACGCAACUGACUCCAGCUCAAACAUUGGUUCUUGCUUCUUCACCAUCGAUGUUCAAGACAGCCAAGCUCCCGUUGUAGAAUGCCCAAUGAAUAUCGUCACAGGCACAGACACAGGACAGGAUUUUGCUACCGUGAUGUGGUAUGCACCCAACGUGACUGAUAACUCCGGUGAAUCAAUUACUGCUAAUCUAAGCCAUGUAUCAGGGUCGACAUUUCCUCUUGGUAUGACAACAGUGAGCGUUGAUGCUACUGACUCUAGUGGAAGGACAGGGUCUUGUUCCUUCACUGUCACCGUUCUAGAUGGCGAAUCUCCAAGCAUUACUUGUCCAGCCAACCAGACAGUUGCCAUGGAUAGCGGCAAGAACUUCGCCGCAGUUGUGUUACCAUCCCCAGCCUCUUCCUUUGACAACUCCGGUGUUUACACCGUCACCAUUGAUGUAGAUAAGAGAUUUUAUUUCGUCAACGACACUGUCUUCUUUGACAUUGCAGCAUCUCCACAUUUAGUGCAGUAUACUGCCACUGACGAUGCUGGUAAUAGCGAUACAUGUGAUAUGUACAUCACCGUGUUCGAUAUCGAUGAUUGUGAUCCCAACCCUUGUCUGAAUGGAGGAACGUGUUCUGAUGGCAUUAAUAGCUACACAUGCACGUGUGCACCAGGAUAUACAGAUAGCAACUGCACAACAGACAUUGAUGACUGUUUCCCUGAUCCCUGCUUGAACAACGGAACCUGCUCAGAUGGUGUCAAUGGCUUCACUUGUGAAUGUGCUGAAGGAUUCGAAGGACAAAAUUGUUCAACAAAUAUCGAUGAUUGUGAUCCCCACCCUUGUCUGAAUGGAGGGACGUGUUCUGAUGCUCUUAAUGGCUACACAUGCACGUGUGCACCAGGAUAUACAGAUAUUAACUGCUCAAAAGAAAUUGACGAAUGCAGUCCUAACCCCUGCAUGAACGGAGGAGUGUGUACUGAUGGCAUCAAUGACUACACAUGCACCUGUGCCCCAGGAUACACUGAUGACAACUGCACAACAGACAUCGAUGACUGUGAUCCCAACCCUUGUCUGAAUGGAGGAACCUGUUCUGAUGGCGUUGAUAGCUACACAUGCACAUGUGCACCAGGAUAUACAGAUAGCAACUGCACCACUGACAUUGAUGACUGUUUCCCCGAUCCCUGCUUGAACAACGGAACCUGCUCAGAUGGUGUCAAUGGCUUCACAUGUAAAUGUGCUGAAGGAUUCGAAGGACAAAAUUGUUCAACAAACACUGAUGAUUGUCAUGCACAAGCUUGUUUUAACGAGGGAACCUGUAUAGACGGUAUCAACGGAUACACCUGUGAAUGUGUUGCAGGAUUUGAAGGGGACGAUUGCUCGACAAAUAUCGAUGAUUGUGAUCCCCACCCUUGUUUGAAUGGAGGGACGUGUUCUGAUGCUCUUAAUGGCUACACAUGCACGUGUGCACCAGGAUAUACAGAUAUUAACUGCUCAAAAGAAAUUGACGAAUGCAGUCCUAACCCCUGCAUGAACGGAGGAGUGUGUACUGAUGGCAUCAAUGACUACACAUGCACCUGUGCCCCAGGAUACACUGAUGACAACUGCACAACAGACAUCGAUGAUUGUGAUCCCAACCCUUGUCUGAAUGGAGGAACCUGUUCUGAUGGCGUUGAUAGCUUCACAUGCACAUGUGCACCAGGAUAUACAGAUAGCAACUGCACAACAGACAUUGAUGACUGUAUCCCCGAUCCCUGCUUGAACAACGGAACCUGCUCAGAUGGUGUCAAUGGCUUCACAUGUGAAUGUGCUGAAGGAUUCGAAGGGCAAAAUUGUUCAACAAACACUGAUGAUUGUCAUGCACAAGCUUGUUUUAACGAGGGAACCUGUAUAGACGGUAUCAGCGGAUACACCUGUGAAUGUGUUGCAGGAUUUGAAGGGCGAGAUUGCUUAACAAACAUUGACGACUGUGAUCCAGAUCCCUGUAUGAAUGAUGCCACCUGUUUCGAUGGCGUUAACAGGUUCACCUGUGCAUGCGCUGAAGGAUUCAGUGGAGAGAAUUGCUCAAUUAAUCUUGAUGACUGUUAUCACAAUCCGUGUAUGAAUAAUGGAACCUGCAUUGAUGGUAUCAGUAGCUAUGUAUGUGAAUGUGCGGAAGGAUUUGAGGGAAAGGACUGCGAAAUAAAUACUGAUGACUGUAGUCCAGACACCUGUUUGAACAAUGGAACAUGUAGAGAUGGAAUUAAUGGAUACACCUGUGAUUGUGUUGCCGGGUUCCAAGGAGUUAAUUGCUCGACAAACAUUGACGACUGUGAUCCAGCUCCCUGUAUGAAUGGCGCCACCUGUUUUGAUGGCGUUAACAGGUUCACCUGUGCAUGCGCUGAAGGAUUCAGUGGAGAGAAUUGCUCAAUUAAUCUUGAUGACUGUUAUCACAAUCCGUGUAUGAAUAAUGGAACCUGCAUUGAUGGUAUCAGUAGCUAUGUAUGUGAAUGUGCGGAAGGAUUUGAGGGAAAGGACUGCGAAAUAAAUAUUGAUGACUGUAGUCCAGACACCUGUUUGAACAAUGGAACAUGUAGAGAUGGAAUUAAUGGAUACACCUGUGAUUGUGUUGCCGGGUUCCAAGGAGUUAAUUGCUCGACAAACAUUGACGACUGUGAUCCAGAUCCCUGUAUGAAUGGCGCCACCUGUUUCGAUGGCGUUAACAGGUUCACCUGUGCAUGCGCUGAAGGAUUCAGUGGAGAGAAUUGCUCAAUUAAUCUUGAUGACUGUUAUCACAAUCCAUGUAUGAAUGAUGGAACUUGCAUUGAUGGUAUCAGUAGCUAUGUAUGUGAAUGUGCGGAAGGAUUUGAGGGAAAGGACUGCGAAAUAAAUAUUGAUGACUGUAAUCCAGACACCUGCAUGAACAAUGGAACAUGUAGAGAUGGAAUUAAUGGAUACACCUGUGAUUGUGUUGCCGGGUUCCAAGGAGUUAAUUGCUCGAUAAACAUUGAUGACUGUAGUCCUGAUCCAUGUUUCAACGAUGGAAGCUGCACGGAUGACAUCAACGGCUUCACCUGCCAUUGCCCAGAAGGAUUUGAGGGAAAUGUCUGCUUAAUAAAUAUCGAUGACUGUUCACCGCAAUCCUGUUUGAACGAUGCGACCUGUGUCGACGGUAUAAAUGACUUUACGUGUGAAUGCGCUGACGGAUUUGAAGGGCCGGACUGUGCAACAGAUAUUGAUGACUGUAGUCCUAACCCCUGUAUGAACAACGGAACAUGCACAGAUGGUAUCAAUGGAUUCACGUGUGAAUGUGUGGCAGGAUAUGAUGGGAAUAUCUGCUCCACAGACGUUGACGAUUGUGAUCCCAACCCUUGUCUGAAUGGAGGGAUGUGUUCUGAUGGCGUAGUAAGCUAUACAUGUACAUGUGCACCAGGAUACGUGGAUAUCAACUGUACAACAAAUAUCGAUGAUUGUGAACCCGACCCUUGUCUAAAUGGAGGAACGUGUUCUGAUGGUGUCGAUAGCUACACUUGCACAUGUGCACCAGGGUACACAGAUAGUCGCUGUUCCUCUGAUGUAAAUGAGUGCGAGGACUUAUCGUCCUGCCCACCUGCCAACCGGCCUUGUAUUAACUCCAUCGGUGGGUUUGCCUGCACCUGCCCGAGUGGUUAUGAGUGGAAUUCAACACAAUGCACAGAUGUGGAUGAAUGUUUAGCUGAUGACGCUCCUUGCCCCGACACGGUGCCUUGUCAGAACACAGAGGGUAGUUUUACCUGUCUGUGCAACCAGGGCUUUGCCUGGGAUGGUGGGAGCUGUUCAGAUGUGGAUGAGUGUUUAGAUGCACUGUGUGCAGAUACCGCAACUUGUGUCAAUCAGCCUGGUGGUUAUAGCUGCGUGUGCCCUGCUGGAUAUCUCUGGAAUGGAACAUCCUGUGAAGAUAUUGACGAGUGCGAACAGGAGAGCCCAGUCUGUCCAUCCACGUCGCCUUGUCAGAACACGAUGGGGAGCUAUACUUGUAUCUGCUCUGCAGGCUAUGCAUGGAAUGGGACUCAGUGUACAGAUGUGGAUGAAUGUCAAAGUUCUGAGCCUGUGUGCCCGUCAUUGGCUUCUUGUACCAACACUCAGGGCUCGUUCAGAUGCCAUUGUCAAGAUGGAUACACACUCACCGGACAGCCGGGAUCCAGUUUGUAUUUCUGCAUGGAUAUUGAUGAGUGUCAGGAUGUAGCGUUGUAUGAUUGCCAUAGCAACGCUACAUGCAUCAAUGAGCCUGGUGCCUACCGUUGCAUGUGCUCAGAGACGCAAGGUUACCGCGGCGAUGGGACAGUCUGUACUCCAUUUGAUCUGUGUGAGAGCGGACCUUGCUUGAAUCAAGGCCAGUGCACCUCAUCCGUAGGAAGUGGCAGCUAUGAGUGUGUGUGUACAGAGGAUUUUACAGGAGUCAACUGUGGCAUCAGAGUAGUACUUCAAGGUCCAAUCUCUGUCCUGAAGCACCCUGAGCCUAGCCUCAUCACAGCAUCGCUGUACGACACAGUCACGUUAGAGUGUCAGUUUGAGAAUGCCAACAGGUUUGCUUGGUACAGAAACGGAGUGGUGCUGCCCGGUACAAGAGACGUGUCAUUUCUUACAAUCGCUGGAGUCACUUCGACUGACCGAGGGUACUACUGGUGUGAGGGGAGUGGCUUGCAGGGAGUUACACUACAGACAAAUGCUUCCUUGCUGCUGAUUGAUGGUGUUUCUGCCUUCACCUCCGAGGCCAGGUUUCCAACAUUGACGUUUGUCGAUGAGUUGAGAAACAAAAGCUCGCCAAUCUUUAAACAAAUAUCGGCUGAAAUAAUAACCUUUCUCUCGGAGGGUUUACAAUCUGAGGGGGUUCAGGCAAACAUUGCUGUCAAAGAGCUGAACAGUGGAAGUGUAGUGGCAACGACUGAAAUCCUAACCAAUGCCGGAGGGACAAACAGUGAUGACUCCGAGUUAUUGAGCAUUGUCCAGGAUGCACUGGUUGGCAUAGCAACCGCCUCAGAUGGAUACAUGGAUCCAUCUUCUAUCACACUUGAGAGCAGCGGGAGUUGUGUCGAGACUAGGUGGCCCACCAUCUAUGGCACCAUUACUCUCCCAGCUGUACCCCUCGGUGAGGACACAGUAUCCAACUCGGAUCGUGUGUGCCCUGAUUAUACCAUCAAUAGUGGUCAGCCCAUAGCCUAUGCUGUUUGUGUUGGAGAUGGCUUCUCUCCGGCACAGUGGCUGGUUGAGUUGCAGUGCGGCCGAAACUUGACAGUUGAUGAAAAGCUAGCUCUCUUGAACAGGGUGGAAGUUAACGAUGAAAAUGUGAUGGUGGUGGCGUUGCAAGUCAUGGCCCUGACUGAAGAUGCCGAGAUGCUGAGUGAUGCAGGAGUCGCAUCAACCGCCGACAUCAUGACGAAAAUUGCUGACGUGAACUCAUCUACUUCACAGGUAACAGAGACCGUGGUAGACACUGUCGGCAACCUGAUGUUUAUCAGCGAUGAAGUCUUGCAAGAAGCCGAAGUCCGAGAGAACGCUCCAAGCAGAAUUGUCAGAGUAUUAGAGCGACAACUUGGCGAGGUCUCGCUGGCAGGAGAUGUGUCGUUUCGGGAAGUCCACCCUAACAUUGCUGUGGAGGUCCGCGGAGUGACCGAAUCCACCCUCUUGAAUGGGCUGGGGUUUGCGUCUGCUAAUUCCUCGUCGUCGGGGUUAUUUGGAGAGUCCAGCCUGAUGGUGAUGGAAGGAGAAGACGAGCUGUUCCAAGGAGCUUCAGAGAGUGAGAUGCCUAGUGCUGUACUUAUGCUGCCUCCGGAAGUCAACAUCCUUGCAAGACGAGAAGUCGGCGGUGGCAUCCGCGUGAGUUUCUCCGUCUUCAGAAAACGGAAUCUCUUCCAGUCGCCGUCGCUGGCAGACUUUAACAAGGGAGAGGACCGAUUCAACCGGACCAUCAACACGCGUGUCAUGUCUGCCACCGUGGGUAGCCAACCAAUCACAAACCUGAAUGAGCCUGUUACGAUACUACUCAGCAGACUUGAUAAUGAUUCCUAUGUGGACAACACGAGUUGUGUGUUUUGGGAAUUUGUCAAUGCAAGCUGGUCAAGUGAAGGAUGUCGUUUACGUGAAGAGUAUAUCACUGAUCAGUACAUUGCUUGUCAGUGUGAUCAUCUGACCAACUUUGCAGCUCUAAUGGACAUCUAUCCCGAGUCACCUUUGACCGAGACUCAGGAGUUCAUCCUCAAGUUGCUGAGUCUGGUUGGAUGCGGGAUGUCUAUCCUAGGACUGGCCGUUACCAUGGUUACCUACCUCAGUCACAAGAAACUUCGCAAGACCCGUCCAAACCGCAUCCUGCUGAGUCUGUGCGCCUCUUUGCUGUGUCUCUACAUCACCUUUGUGGUUGCCACGGCUCUGGAUUCAGAGCGAGGUGUUGCAGAGUUGGAUGUGUUGCCGUGCUGCGUCCUGGCCGGCUUCCUGCAUUACUUCACGCUGACGUCGCUCUGUUGGAUGGGCGUGGAGGGCUUCAACAUGUAUCUGCUGUUUGUUAGAGUGGUCAAUGUGUAUGUGCCGAAAUUCAUGCUGAAAGCAUCACUGGCUGCUUGGGGAAUACCUGCAUUGAUUGUUGCAAUAACUGCUGGGGCUACCAGGGAGGAUUACGUUGGAACAGACUUUUGUUUCUUGAAGCAGAUUCCACUGAUAGCUGGUCUCCUAGCCCCGAUCGGCCUCAUCCUACUCUUCAACAUUGUUGUCUUUACGCUGGUAAUCCGCCAGUUCAUCAAGACAUCCAACAACGACCUCCGUAGGAACAGGGACGAAAUGUCCAAACGGAAGCUGCACAAGCAGCGUCUGCAGAACGCCCUGACUGUCAUGACCCUGAUGGGGCUAACCUGGUCCAUCGGCUACCUGAAUCUCGUCCAAGCAAUAUCAUUCCCCGUCCAGCUAGUCUUCUGUCUGCUGAAUACGCUUCAAGGAUAUUUUAUCUUCAUGUUGUAUGGUGUUCGUCGGGCCGAGGUCAGGAAGCAUUGGAGACGCUGCUGCGUCUUCCAAAAAGCCACUUUUUCUUCAGUGCCGACAUCCUCCCAGACCCAGAGCUCUACAAAUAAACCACAGGCACAGAGGCCAUUCAAUCCUAACAUGAUCCCCAGACCUCCAUCACAGAUCUAUCGCCAUCGACCUGAUUCGAUGAUGCCCUCAAUGUAACAUUUUGAGUUUAAUUUGAACCAAGUUAUGGUUAAGAUUCCUCUUGCAUGUUCAGUGGCAACGCCAGACUCUAAUUUGUAUUUUUGUUUGG